CAACUGACAUUAAAGUUGUCAAUCAACCAAUUUGUUGUCCCCAACUGAUAACAACACAACACUUUGCUUGUGAAUUUUUCGAAUUUGGAUUGCAUUUCCAUGGGCCUUACUAUGUCUUUUUAGACAAUAUUUAGCGCCUUUUGAUGGUGAAGUGUAGUUUUUGUAUUAGCACUAGAGUUUCGGUGGUAAACAAAUCAACUUGAAUUCCAUGGCGAACAGCUACGAAGUGCCGAGUUGGGCCGGAAAACCACCCACUGGCCUCCACUUGGACGUGCUGAAGGACGACAAACUCAUCCAGAAGCUUAUGAUCGACGAGAAGAAAUGCUACUUGUUCGGUCGCAACUCGCAGAUGAAUGAUUUUUGCAUUGAUCACGCUUCAUGCUCACGGGUCCAUUCCGCCCUGGUUUACCAUAAAUACCUGAACAUUGCUUAUUUGGUUGAUUUGGGAUCAACACAUGGGACCUUCAUUGGGUCGCUCCGGUUGGAGCCACACAAACCCACUCAGUUGCAAAUGAACAGCACAUUUCACUUUGGAGCCUCAACCAGGAGAUAUGUGCUCAGGGAAAGACCAUCUGCUGGGUUGAGAUCUAAUAUAAUGGAAGAUUUGCCAAUGAAUGAAUCGGCGGAAGGGGCCUUGCUGGGACUGCCGGAAAGCCAAACGGAAUUAGAUAACCUCACGGAGUACAACACUGCACACAAUCGACGAAUUUCAAUGUUGGGAAUUACAGACGACAACAUGCGAAAGAAAAAUGCUGGCCGUAAACGACGCAGCGUUACUUUUAAUGAGGAAGAAAUCGUAAUCAAUCCUGAAGAUAUAGACCCAAAUGUUGGUCGCUUCCGUAAUCUUAUUCAGACGACGGUUAUCCCCACGAAGAAAAUCAAAUUAGACAAUAAUAUUGGCAUACCUACUACGUCAACUGCAAGCCACAGUACCGACAUGAAACAUAUGCAGCCCACAACUAUGGUACCUCAUCUUUAUCAGGGCCUGCCUGCCGCAGAGCAUGGGUCAAAUAAAAUGAACACAUCGGGAGAUCUUGACGUGACACCUAUAGCGCUGGGAACUAAACUUGGUUUGUUAGUCCCGAAUCCUGCACCUGAAGUCACGCCAAUGAAUGACACCAUGUCCACAAUGCAAUUUGCAACAACGUCAAAAGCUGCUCGUUUUGAAGAUCAUGCCAUGAUGGAUAGCAGUAGUGAACCACAAAAGAAGAAAUACGCUAAAGAAGCGUGGCCAGGAAGGAAACCAAUGCUUGGUGUUUGAAGCAAUAAAUGUCAAGUGAAUGUUUCACUGCAACCCAAUGUCUUCUAGUGAUAAGAUCUCCCAGAAAAAGCCUCAUCAGAUGUCGUGUAGCUCACUUUAAAAGGUUUUGAUCUAGACAGAACAUUUAUGUUAAGUUUAUGGAAUAGUAAAUGUAAACUGCAGGCAUGCUGGUCCCAAUAGAAUCGGAUUUUUAAUUGUA